CUCAGAAGACACAAACUCCCAAAGCUGGGGUUUUUUCCUUCUUCUUCUCUAUGUUUCUAUAAUAAUCUUUGGAUUUUUCAAGCUCAGCCAUGGUGGGGAUGAUCAAGAACUGGAGGCCAUGGCCUCCACUGUCGUCCAAGAAAUUUGAGGCCAAGAUUGUGGUUCACUGCCUAAAGGGCCUCAGAAACUCCCAAGAAUCUGCUGGGAAUUUGGCUGUUGAGAUCAGGUGGAAAGGGUCGGCAAAGAUCAACCCUUUGAGCUCUCUGAGGAGGAGGAGGAGUGGGGAGAGGAGGAAUUUGACAAAGGUGGAGUCUUUGGUGGAGGAAGAUGAUGGAGGUGGGGUUUCUGUUUGCUGGAAUGAGGAAUUUCUUUGUGUCUGCAAUUUUUCAGGCUACAAGGGUGCUGGGUUUCUUCCAUGGGAGGUUUCUUUCACUCUCUUCAAUGGCUUGAGUGUGGAACCGACAGCUAUCGCCACUGCAUCAUUAAACCUUGCAGAAUACAUUUCAUCUGCUAAGGAGAAAGACUUUGAGAUUACCAUUCCAUUGGAAGUCUCUAGUCCACAGUGUGUUCCAAGCAGUCCUAUACUUUGUCUGUCUCUCAACCUCAGGGAGUUGAAACACGCUAAUGAACCAGUGAAAAAGCCUGUCGCGUCCCCGACACAUGGCGAAGUUCUAUUGGAGGAGAAAAACACAGCAGCAGCAGCUUCGCCAUUGAAAGUAGGUCUUGAAAAAGUUAAGAUAUUUACGGGAUUGUCCCCUCGGGAUCACAAGAAGGUUGUGGGCCACGAAGAGGAGGGGAGUCCGGUUGGAAGCGAGGACACCGAAGAGAACUACCCUUUGGACACGGACUCAUUCGGGGACUCAGAAGAAGGGGUGGAGUCCGAAGAAGGAAUCAGAGCGGAUAUCAACGAUGUUAGGAAGUCCUUCAGUUAUGAGGCAUUGGCCUAUGCAAACCUCGCCGGAGGAGGAUCGUACUAUUCUAAUACGAGUGGGAGUGAAGAUGAGGAUUGGAUAUACUAUAACCAACGGAAAUCGGACGGCGAUGAUGCAACUAGAAUGCCACUAGUUGAUGAAUCUACGCGGCAGAGUUCAAAACGGGGGAUUCUCCCCUGGGGAAAGAGGAGAUUGAGCUUUAGAUCCCCUAAGAGGAAAGGGGAGCCAUUGUUGAAGAAAGGGGAGGAAGGCGGCGAUGAUAUUGACUUCGACCGCCGACAGCUUAGUUCACCAGAUGAGCCGCCCGAGCUGCCCUCGUCCCCGGUGAUGCAGUAUUGCAAAACUGAAUUAGAUUCAACUGAAAACCGGUCACCCGUCGCAGAAUUCGGAGACGACAACUUUGCUGUUGGGAGCUGGGAAUUGAAAGAGAUUGUAAGCCGCGACGGAGAAAUGAAACUGAAAACUAAGGUAUUCUUUGCUUCCAUUGAUCAACGCGACGAACAAGCGGCGGGUGAAAGUGCUUGUGCCGCCCUUGUUGCCGUGAUCGCCGAUUGGUUUCAUUCCAACCCUCCCAAAGAGAUGCCCAUCAAGUCCCAACUCGACUCUCUCAUUCGCGAAGGCUCGCUCGAGUGGAGGAAGAUGUGUGAAGUCGAGACCUACAAGGACCGUUUCCCCGACAAGCAUUUUGAUCUUGAGACGGUCCUACAAGCCGAAAUCCGCCCGCUCUCGGUUUCCUCGGAGAAGUCCUUUGUCGGGUUCUUCCGUCCUGAAGGAGUCGAAGACGGAGACGGGUUCGAUUUCCUCAAAGGUGCCAUGUCAUUCGACGACAUCUGGGACCAGGUCGAGAAGGACGUGGGGCCCCCCUCGGUCUACAUCGUGAGCUGGAACGACCACUUUUUCGUGCUGAAAGUCGAGCGGGACUUGAUCUAUGUCAUCGACACGUUGGGCGAGCGCCUCUACGAGGGUUGCAACCAAGCCUUCAUCCUCAAGUUCGACAGCGACACGACCCUUUCGCGGUCGAUCAAACCGACCGAUCCGUCUCCUGAGAAAACCGAAGAGGAGCCCGAAGACGGAAAACAAGAAACGGUUACGUGGAGAGGAAGGGAGGCUUGCAAGGAGUAUAUCAAGAGGUUCUUGGCAGCCAUUCCCAUUAGGGAAUUGCUAGUUGAUCUGAAGAAAGGGUUGAUGGCAUCAUCCUUGCUCCUUCAUCAACGGCUUCAAAUCGAGUUCCAUUGUACUAAGAACGUCAACCGUCCGAUCGAGUCACCUUCACUAACUGCUAAUCGUGAUGAUAACAACAACAACAACAACAAUUCCUCAGAAACACAACCAGUUUUAGCAGGGUAAGUGUUGAUUCAAUGUGAGAGUAUAUACAUAUAUAACCUAACAUCAUCCCUACUUUUUCCCUAUUUGUAAAAAAGAAGAAGAUGAACCCGGUCUCUUAGAGAGUCUCGGAACCAGCCAGCCGAACAGUUACUUGAAAGGAGGUAAAUUAUCCAUUCUAGCAAGCAAGGAGUGAACCCCAUCCCUUAUGGUCUCAAGACCCGCCUCAUAGAAGAAGUAAAUUGAGUUAUAAUCCCAACCUGGCAAGGAGUGAAGUGUGUCUCUGGUACCUGUAAGGGGUAUUUUGGUCAAUUCUAGGGAAACUAAACUUUUGACUGGGAGUGAAGUAUGUCUCUGGUAUCUAAAAGGGGUAUUUUGGUCAAUUCUAGGGAAACUUCACUUUUGACACCAGAAACAGACUGGCACAGAUAUUUUCGCAGAGACAGUUGUUAUCUGGGUUUUUAUGUAGGGAAGUGUCCUUUCUCCAUAUGUGGGGUGGAAAAUCUGCUUUGCUAGAAGGGCAUACCUUUUUCUUUUUCUACUUUACUUUUUUUUUUUUGACUUUUUGGGUCCAGUGGCACUUUUUUUUUGCCUCUUUAAGAAUGUAAAUUAGUAAAUGACUGAAGACAAGUAAAAGUGAAUGCAAUAAGUUUCUAUCUCUUAAAGAGAUGGACAGAUGUAUUGUGUGAUUAAAUAUUACUCCAUAUA